AUUUUGAUUUUUGAACAAUUAUGAACUAACCAUGGCCAAUAAGCUCUUCUCCUUCUUCUUUUUCUUCUUCUUCCUCGCCAUUUCUUCCAUUGAUUCAGCUUCAUCUUCCUCUUCCUGUCCUGUAGAUCUCAGCUAUGUUGAAACCACUCCAUGGGACACAUCUGGAUGUCACAAACUUGAUGAAGGCCACUGCUGUUUGACUCUUCUUAGCCUUUUUGGCAUGGGAAUAGCUCAACAUCUAAGAGAGACUUCAAUGUUUCAACUUCCUAAUGAAACUGCUUCAUCUUCUUGUUUAUCCGAUUUUCAAACAAGGCUUGCUGCCAUGUCUGUAGACCCAUCAUUUGUUCCUAUCUGCUUCAACAGUUCAAAUCAAUUUGUUAGUAACAGUUCCAGUUGUGCUGGAAUAAUAAAUACACAAGACUGGAUAGAAAAGGUAGGUCCGAUUACCUCUUUGCAGACAUCUUGUAAAGGUGAUGUAUCGGGAUUGCAAUGCAGUUCAUGUCUUGAUGCUGGCCAAAAGGUUACUUCUCAAUUAACAAGUAUAAACCCAAAUGCUACCUCUAAAUGUUUUUUCUUCACCUGUUUAUAUGCUGCUGCAAUCGUCAAUGAGUUUGGUCCGUUGGAUCCUACAACAGCUGGUUGCAUGCUAGGCUUACCAUUGUCAGGCUCUGCAAUUAACAAGAAAUCAAAAGGUUCAAAAAAAGAUAACUCACUCAGAUUGGUUUUUGGAUUCGUAGGAGCUUUUGUCGGUGCUUUACUUGCUUUUGGAAUAAUUCUUUGGUACAGGAGAUGGAAUAGGAAAAAGAAGCUUAAUGCUCCACAUGAGGAAUAUGUAAGCAGUUUUAGAGCUAGUGUGUUGCCUAAUUCUGGUGCAAAAUGGUUUCACCUAUCAGAACUUGAAAGAGCUACUAAUGGAUUUUUGCAAAAGAAUUUCAUUGGCCAAGGAACUUAUGGAGUUGUGUAUAAAGGGACUUUGGCAGAUGGCACUAUUAUUGCAGUGAAACAAAUGCAGGAUUUGGAUUCACAAGGAGAUGAAGAAUUUUCCAAUGAGGUUGAGAUAAUUAGCAAAAUCAGACAUCGAAAUCUUCUUUCUCUUCGAGGAUGUUGUGUUGCAAGCGAUCACUUGAAAGGUAAAAGAAGAUAUCUUGUUUAUGAUUUCAUGUCUAAUGGUAGUCUUAGUGAUCAUUUGUCCAGUGACUAUAGCAGGAAACAAUUAACUUGGCCUCAGAGAAAGAAUAUUGUUCUUGAUGUGGCUAAGGGACUUGCUUACUUGCACUAUGGUCUCAAACCUGCAAUUUACCACCGUGACAUUAAGACUACUAACAUACUACUAGACCAGGAAAUGAAAGCAAAAGUUGCAGAUUUUGGAUUAGCUAAGCAAAGUUUAGACGGUCAGUCUCAUUUAACAACAAGGGUAGCAGGCACACAUGGUUAUUUAGCACCAGAGUACGCUCUAUAUGGGCAAUUAACAGAGAAAAGCGAUGUUUAUAGCUUUGGAAUUGUGAUCCUUGAAAUUAUGAGUGGAAGGAAGGUUCUUGAUACAGCAAAUUCAUCUUUUCUUUUGAUUACAGACUGGGCAUGGAUGCUAGCAAAAUCAGGAAAUAUAGAAAAGAUAUUUGAUGAGACAAUAAGAGCGGAGGGACCAAAAGGAAUCAUGAAGAGAUUUGUUCUUGUUGGGAUUCUUUGUGCUCAUGUAAUGGUGGCAUUUAGACCUACCAUUGCUGAUGCUCUUAGGAUGCUAGAGGGUGAUAUUGACAUCCCCACAUUACCAGACAGGCCAAUGCCACUCGGUCAUGAAUCAUUAAGACCACCUUUUUGGCAUAACAGUUCAACAACAAGCGACAGAUCAAGAACCAGCAGUUCUAGUAUGAGCAUAGUGUAGAUCAUAGAAUGGCCUACAGUCUGGGGUAUGAUCAAUCCUUCUUAGGUCAGACUAGCCGACCUUUGAAGUCUCAAUUUUCAAAUCAAACAUUCAAAGUUCUUUUAUAAUUUUUGUUGUCCUUAAUUGUUACAUUUCAUACUGUAAAUAUUAUUGAUAGAAUGAAACAGAUAAUUAUGGAGAAGAAGUUAACAAUAUUACGAUUUUUCCUU